GCACUGGCUAUGUGAACGCCGCAGAUCUGCCGGAGGACGACGACGAAGACGAAGACGAGGCCCAACGGAACGUCAGCUUCGCACCAGACGUGGCUGCUCGUGAGGCGCACCAGGCCUCGGCGCGGAAAGGCACAGGUUUUGUCAAGACGUCCGACAUCCCAUCAGAUGACGACGAAGAUGAGGAGGAG